AAAAAAUUUCUUUUUUUUCUCAUAUUCUUUAAUUUAAUUAUAAAAUACUUCUAGCUGAUUCUUAUCGUCCUGGUUUGUCUCCAUAUUCAAGUCGAGCAGGUGCAACUAAUCAAAAAUCUACAAAACCUAAAGUGAUUAUAGCUGAUCUUCAAGAACAAAGUCUACGAGGAAUAUGUCUUUGUUUUUUGCGUAAUUCAAAAAAAACUGUUAUUACAGGGCAAAAUAUUGUUAAUGAAGUUUUUUUCUAUACAUUUGAAUGUAAUACUGAACCAUUACUUCAAGCAUUAAGUCGAUCAAUAGCUGAUAUAUAUUUACCAUAUCUUCAAAUAUCAGAAACAACUUGGGGAAAACUUUCUGGUUCAGAUAAUAAUCAAAUGAUAAAAGUUGAUUUUAUUAGUCGAUUAAAUAAUUUUGUUGCUACACUUAAUAGUGCACAAGAAAGUAUUAAUGAAAGAAUUUUACUAAAACCAUGUGAUAAAGUUGAUUUAACACAAAUACAAAAUGCAGCUGAUUAUGUAUCAAUAGCAUCAAAUAAUGAAAGUCUUGCAUCAAUUGAAGAAACAAUGAAAAUAUGGAUUAAACAAAUGGAACAAGUUUUAGCAGAAAGUGAACAAAUUCGUCGUGAAGCAGAUAAUAUUGGUCCACGAGCUGAACUUGAAUAUUGGAAAAAACGUAUGACAAAAUUUAACUUUUUACUUGAUCAAAUAAAAGGACAAGAUGUUAAAGCUGUUUUAACAAUUUUACAAACUGCUAAAUCAAAACUUAUUCAACAAUGGAAAUUACUUGAUGGAAAAAUUACAGAUGCAGCAAAUGAAGCAAAAGAUAAUGUACGAUAUUUAUAUACAUUAGAAAAAUUUUGUGAACCAUUAUAUAAUUCUGAUCCAGUUGGAAUGUUAGAAUGUAUUCCAGGUUUAAUUAAUGCUGUACGAAUGAUUCAUUCAAUUUCACGAUAUUAUAAUACAUCAGAACGCAUGACAUCACUAUUUGUUAAAAUAACAAAUCAAAUGAUAACAACAUCAAAAAUGUAUAUCACUGAUAAUUAUACACAAACAAUAUGGUCUCAAGAUCAAUCACAUGUUAUAUCAAAAUUACGUGAUUGUAUUAAAUUAAAUGAUGAAUAUCAACGUUGUUUUCAAUCAACAAAAAAUAAAUUAGCAUCAAAUCCAGCUGAACGUCCAUUUGAUUUUAGUGAAAUGUAUAUAUUUGGAAAAUUUGAUUCAUUUGUACGACGUUGUGAAAAAAUUAUUGAUAUGUUUGCAACAAUAAAUAUGUAUUCACAUUUAGCUGAUUCAAAAAUUGAAGGUAUAUCACCAUUUUAUUCAAAAUUUAAUAUGAUUGUAACAUCAAUGAAGAAAAAAGAUUAUGAUUUUUUGGAUCAACGUAAACAAGAAGUUGAUAGUGAUUUAGAUGAUUUUCGUCGUUCAAUAGCAGAUCUUCAUAGUAAUAUAAAUGAAUUUCUUGAUAAAUAUUUUAAUUCUAUACGUAAUACUGAACGAUCAUUAACAGCAUUAAAACGUUUUGAAAAAUUACAAUUACCAAAUAUUGGUUUAAAUGAAAAAUAUGCAAAAAUUUUACAACAAUAUUCAAAAGAUUUAGAUGCAGUUGCAAAAAUUUAUCAAAAAAAUUCAAAAGAUCCAUUGAUUUCAAGAGAUUUACCACCAACAGCUGGUCGAAUCAUGUGGGCUCGUCAAUUGUAUAAACGUAUUCAACAACCGAUGGAUAUUUUUAUUGCAAAUAAAACAAUUCUUCAAUAUCCUGAAGCAAAAAAAAUUAUAAAAAAUUAUAAUCAACUCUCUAAAGUUCUUUUAUCAUAUGAACUUCUAUAUCAUCGUGGAUGGCUUCGUCAAGUUGAUGUUGUUGCAACUGGUAUUCAUUCAAGUCUACUAAUACGUGUUAAUCGUGAUGAUCUUCUAUCGGCUGCAUCAACACUUCCAGGCAUAUCAUCUAUUGUAACAUCAACAUCACAAACAAAUCCUGAAUAUUUAGUUAAUUUUGAUCCAAAUAUACUUGAAUUAAUACGAGAAACUCAAUGUUUAGCACGUUUAGGUUUAGAAAUUCCAAAAGAAGCUGCUAUAUUAGCACAACGUGAAGAUUAUCUUAAAAAACAUUAUCAAGAUUUAACACAAUUAGUCGAAAAAAAUAAACGUUUAAGAGAAAAAAUUAAACAACCAUUUGAAGCAUUAUUAGCACCAAAGAUUCAUCGUUUAAAUGAUAUUAUUAAACCUGGUUUAACAUCUUUAACAUGGGCAUCAUUAACUAUUGAUGAUUUUAUAAAUUCAGUUAAUUCAGCAUUAGAUGAAUUUGAUUUAAUGUUAGAUCGUGCAUAUGAUCUUAUAGCAUAUCGUAUUGAUGCUGUACUUGAUGAAAUAGCAACAAUGUCUCUUUGUGAUUUACCUGAAGAUGAACCAAUAACACCUGAUCAAUUUUUACAACAUACUCAAAAUUUAUGUAAUCUUGCAUCAAAACAAAUUCAAUUGAAAUCUCAUAAUGUUGAAGAUGCUGUACUUGAAGUUAUUGAUCUCUUAUGUGGAGAUAUAAUUGGUACAAGUCUCCAUGGUGAUGGACAAGGACAAUAUUCAAAUAUUGCUUUAGAUCUUGAUGAUGAAGAAUCUGAUGAUGAAACAACAACUGUUCAUGAUCAAAAUACACUUAAAUCAGCUCGAACUAGUCGACAACCAUCAAGUACAACAAAUCGAACACGACAAAUAUCAUCAGGAAAAUCAUCUAAAGGAAGAGCUAAAUCAUCAAUUAUGUUAGGAACAACAUCACGUCGUAAACGUGAACAACAAAGUGAAAAUUUACAAGUUGCUAUUACAGAAUUAAUAAAUCAUUUUAGUCAUCGAAAUCUUGAUGCUAUUAUACGUGUUAUUAAAAUGACUUUAGAAAAAUUAAGAAAACGUAUUACAUCAACACUUAGUUAUAGUCGAAAUCAUCAAGAAGCACCAGUAUUUAAAGUUUUUGCUGAAUUAGCUAUUCCAAAUGUAGCUAUUCAACCACCAGCUGAUGAAGUACAAAUUUAUUUAAAUAAAGCUGUACAAACAAUUGUAUCUGUUGCAAAAACUAUUUCACAAUGGGAUAAAAAUAGAAAAAGAACAAUAUUAUUAUCCCUGAAUAUAAUGAAAGUAUUAGUUUCUAUUGGAAUAUUAAAAUCAACAAGUCAAGAUUUUUCUUUAUUGAGAAAUAUAAAUAGACAACAAAGAAAACGUAGUAGUAAACAUGAUAUACCACUUGAUACACAAAUUGGUGAUAGUGAAUCACAUCUCGCAAUAAAUCCUAUAGCAGAUCAUGAAGAAGAAAAUAAUCCAAUCACACCAGGUUCAGCAUUAGCCGGCGCUAAUUUGGAAACAUCUGCAAGAGAUGUAUUUCAUCAAGGAUCAUCUGCUACUACUGAUGCUGGUACAACUAGUCGAUUACGAGGCCAUGAACAAACUAAUACAGAUCAACAACAUUCUCGAGUACAAUUUACUCCAGCAAAUAAUUAUUUUAAAAAUGUAUCUGAAAAUAAAGAUGUUGCUAAAUUAGUUGCACUAUUAGCUACAUGUAUUAAUGCAACGAAAAAAGAUAUAACAACAGCAUUAGAAAUAUUUACACGAUUUAAUACUUUAUGGCAACGAGAUCGUGAUGAAGAAUUAAAAGAUUUUCUAGCACAAGAACCACGUGUAUCAGAAUUUGAAGCUAAAAUUAAAUUUUAUGAAAAUUUAGCAUCAGAUAUUAAUUCUCAACCAGAAUCUAUACCUGUUGGUCCAUUAGCUAUUUUUACUGAACAUUUAAAAUUUGCUCUUAAUCAAGAAGUACGUGAUUGGAUAGUUCGUUAUGGUCAAGCAUGUAAUGCAAAAUAUCGUAAAGAAAUGAAUGAAGUUAGCACAUUCAUUGAAGAUAUUGAAAAACGUUUAUCACGUCCAAUCAAUGAUUUAGAAGAUAUUCGUUUAAUUAUGAUUGCAAUUAAAGAUUUACGUGAUAAUGAAAUUCGUAUUGAUAUGAGUAUAGCACCAAUUGAAGAAUCAUACACAAUGUUACAAACUCAUGGUCUUAAUGUUUCAAGAGAAGAAAGUGAUCGAGCUGAAUCAAUUAAAUUAAAUUGGGAAAAACUUCAACGUCAUGGUAGUGAAGUAACAUCAUAUUUACUUAAAAUUCAACCAACAAAACGAUCAGAAUUAUUAGAAAAUGUUAAAAUAUUUAUUGAAGAAUGUGAAAAAUUUUAUGGUGAUUAUGAAAAAGGUGGACCAACAUUACCUGAUUUAACACCACGUGAAUCAAGUGAUAGACAAAUAUUAUUUCAAAGUCGUGUAGAAAAUUUAUAUAAAAAAUAUGAAACAUAUCAUGGUGGUGAAUUAUUAUUUGGUUUAUCAAUAACUGAAUUUCCACAAUUAGAAAAAAUUAAAAAAGAUUUAACAUUAUUACAACGUCUUUAUGGUUUAUAUAAUAAAGUUUUAGAUACUGUUGCAAGUUAUUAUGAUAUAGCAUGGGUUGAUGUUAAUAUUGAUAAAAUAAAUCAAGAAUUAUCUGAUUUUCAAACAGCUUGUAGAAAAUUACCUAAAGGUUUAAGAGAAUUUCCAGCAUUUCAUGCAUUAAAAAAAACAAUUGAUGAUUUUAGUGAAUGUUGUCCUUUAUUAGAAAUGAUGUCAAAUCGAGCUAUGCAAAAUCGUCAUUGGCAACGAAUAGCUGAAGUAACUGGUGUACAUAAUUUAGAUGUUGAAGCUGAUGAUUUUCGUUUGAGAAAUGUUAUGGAUUUACCAUUACUUCAAUUUAAAGAAGAUAUUGAAGAUAUUUGUAUUGCAGCUGUUAAAGAACGAGAUAUUGAAGGAAAACUUAAACAAGUUGAAUCAGAUUGGAAAACACAAGAAUUUAAUUUUGCUCAAUUUAAAACACGUGGUGAAUUAUUACUUAAAGGUGAUCGAAUUCAAGAAGUUAUUAGUCUAUUAGAAGAUUCUCUUAUGUUACUUGGUUCAUUAAUGUCAAAUAGAUAUAAUGUUCCAUUUCGAAAACAAAUUCAAAAAUGGGUUAAAGAUUUAACUGAUACAAAUGAAAUUAUUGAAAAUUGGAUGCGUGUACAAAAUUUAUGGGUUUAUUUAGAAGCUGUUUUUGUUGGUGGUGAUAUUGCUAAACAAUUACCACAAGAAGCUAAACGUUUUUCAUCUAUUGAUAAAUCUUGGCUUAAAAUAAUGUCUAAAGCACAUGAACAACCAGCUGUUGUACCAUGUUGUACAACAGAUGAAACAUUAAAACAAUUAUUACCACAUCUUCUUGAACAACUUGAAUUAUGUCAAAAAUCUUUAACUGGUUAUUUAGAACGAAAACGUCUUUUAUUUCCACGUUUCUUUUUUGUUUCUGAUCCAGCAUUAUUAGAAAUUUUAGGUCAAGCUAGUGAUCCACAUACAAUUAAAGCACAUUUAUUAAGUGUUUUUGAUAAUAUAAAAACAGUACGAUUUCAUGAAAAAGAAUAUGAUAAAAUUUUAACAAUUGAAUCAUCUGAAGGUGAAACAAUUGAACUUGAAAAACCUGUUAAAGCUGAAGGUAAUGUUGAAAUAUGGUUAAUGUCACUUCUUAAAGAAUCACAACGAUCAUUACAUGGUGUUAUUCGUCAAGCUCAUCAUGCUUUAUCAGAUCCAUCAUCAUUUAAUCUUAUUGAAUUUCUUAAUACAUAUCCAGCACAAGUUGGUCUAUUAGGUAUACAAUUAAUAUGGACACGUGAUGCAACAGAAGCAUUACGUCAUGCUAAAGUUGAUAGAAAUAUAAUGAAACAAACAGCUAAAGUAUUUAGUGAUUUACUUGAUUUAUUAAUUGAUCAAACAACAAAAGAUUUAACACGUGUUGAACGUACAAAAUAUGAAACAUUAAUAACAAUACAUGUACAUCAAAAAGAUAUAUUUGAUGAAAUUGUUCAAACAAAUGUUCGAUCAAUAACUGAUUUUGAUUGGCUUAAACAAACAAGAUUUUAUUUUGUUGAAGAAUUAGAUAAAGUACAAAUAUCAAUAACAGAUGUUGAUUUUACUUAUACGAAUGAAUUUCUUGGUUGUACGGAACGUUUAGUUAUUACACCAUUAACUGAUCGAUGUUAUAUUACAUUAGCACAAGCAUUACAUAUGAGUAUGGGUGGAGCACCUGCUGGACCAGCUGGAACAGGAAAAACUGAAACAGUUAAAGAUAUGGGACGAUGUCUUGGAAAAUAUGUUGUUGUAUUUAAUUGUUCUGAUCAAAUGGAUUUUCGUGGUUUAGGUCGUAUAUUUAAAGGUUUAGCUCAAUCAGGUUCAUUUGGUUGUUUUGAUGAAUUUAAUCGUAUUGAUUUACCUGUACUUUCUGUUGCUGCACAACAAAUAGCUAUUGUUCUUGCUUGUAAAAAAGAAAAGAAACGUCAAUUUAUAUUUACAGAUGGUGAUCUAGUUGAAAUGAAUUUGGAAUUUGGUAUAUUUUUAACAAUGAAUCCAGGUUAUGCUGGUCGACAAGAAUUACCUGAAAAUUUAAAAAUUAAUUUUCGUUCUGUUGCUAUGAUGGUACCUGAUCGUUUACCAAUUAUUCGUGUUAAAAUGGCUGCAUGUGGUUUUAGAGAAAAUGUUCCUUUAGCAAAAAAAUUUUAUACACUUUAUAAAUUAUGUGAAGAACAACUUAGUAAACAAGUUCAUUAUGAUUUUGGUUUACGAAAUAUUUUAUCUGUAUUACGAACACUUGGUGCUGUUAAACGUGCAAAUAAAGAUGAUUUAGAAAAAACAAUUGUUAUGCGAGUACUUCGUGAUAUGAAUUUAUCAAAAUUAGUUGAUGAAGAUGAACCAUUAUUUAUCUCACUUAUUAAUGAUCUUUUUCCAAAUAUAAAAUUAGAAAAAGAAACAUAUGUUGAAUUAGAAGCAGCUAUUGAUAAAGAAGCUCAAGCUGCUGGCCUUAUAUGUCAUCCACCAUGGAUAUUAAAAAUAAUUCAAUUAUUUGAAACUCAACGUGUUCGUCAUGGAAUGAUGACAUUAGGACCAUCAGGUGUUGGUAAAACAUGUUGUAUUCAUGCAUUAAUGAAAGCAAUGACAAUAUGUGGUGAACCACAUCGUGAAAUGCGUAUGAAUCCAAAAGCAAUAACAGCACCACAAAUGUUUGGUCGAUUAGAUGCAGCAACAAAUGAUUGGACAGAUGGAAUAUUUUCAACAUUAUGGAGACGAACAUUACGUACAAAAAAAGGUGAAUUUGUUUGGCUUGUUUUAGAUGGUCCUGUUGAUGCUAUUUGGAUUGAAAAUUUAAAUUCCGUAUUAGAUGAUAAUAAAACAUUAACAUUAGCUAAUGGUGAUCGAAUACCAAUGGCACCAAAUUGUAAAAUUAUUUUUGAAGUACAUAAUAUUGAUAAUGCAUCACCAGCUACUGUUAGUAGAAAUGGUAUGGUUUAUAUGAGCAGUUCUGGUUUAGAUUGGCGACCAUUAAUUCAAGGUUGGAUAAAACGUGAACGAUCAUUGAGUGAUGGUGAAGUUUUAAUGCGUUUAUUUGAAACAUCAUUUCCAUUUAUUUAUCGACAUUUUUCACUUCAUCUUAAAUCAAAAAUGCCUGUACUUGAAUGUAUGAUUGUUACUCAGGCAUGUAAAUUAUUAAAUGGUUUAUUACCAUUAAAAGAAGCUAAAGAUCAAUUAACACCACAACAUAUUGAACGUUUAUAUGUAUUUGCAAUAAUGUGGUCAGUUGGUGCUUUUCUUGAAUUAGAUGAUCGUGCACGUUUACAAGAUUAUAUAUUAAAUGCUACUGAUUUUCGUUUGGAUACACCAAAAUUAUCCGAAGGUAGUGAAGAUACAAUAUUUGAUUAUUUUGUUCAUGAAAAAACUGGUGCAUGGACACAUUGGAAUAAUGUUGUUACGGAAUAUAUUUAUCCAAAAGAUCAUGAUCCAGAAUAUGCAUCUAUACUUGUACCUAAUGUUGAUAAUGUUCGAACAGAUUUUCUUAUUCAUACAAUUGCAAAACAACAUAAACCUGUUCUUCUUAUUGGUGAACAAGGUACAGCUAAAACUGUUAUUAUACAAUCAUAUAUGAGUAGAUAUAAUGCUGAAGAACAUUCACAAAAAACAGUUAAUUUUUCAUCGGCUACAACACCGAAUAUGGUUCAAAGAAUAAUUGAAUCCUAUGUUGAUAAACGUGUUGGAACUACAUAUGGUCCACCAGCUGGUAAAAAGAUGACUGUAUUUAUUGAUGAUAUUAAUAUGCCAACAAUAAAUGAAUGGGGUGAUCAAAUAACAAAUGAAAUUGUUCGUCAAUUAGUUGAACAAGGUGGUUUUUAUUCAUUAGAAAAACCAGGUGAAUUUACAACUAUUGUUGAUAUACAAUUACUUGCUGCUAUGAUACAUCCUGGUGGUGGUAGAAAUGAUAUUCCACAACGUUUGAAACGACAAUUUUGUACAUUUAAUUGUACAUUACCAUCAAAUGUAUCUAUUGAUAAAAUAUUUUCUGUUAUUGCAACAGGACAUUAUGCUAAAGAACGUGGAUUUACAGAUGAAGUACGUUCACUUAUUGACAGACUUGUACCAGCUACAAGACGUUUAUGGCAAUUAACAAAAGUUAAAAUGUUACCAACACCAGCAAAGUUUCAUUAUGUUUUCAAUUUACGUGAUCUUUCACGUAUAUGGCAAGGAAUGAUUAAUACUAUACCACAAGUUGUUAAUAAUGAAAAAACUUUAAUUCAUUUAUGGAAACAUGAAUGUUCGCGAGUUAUAUGUGAUAGAUUUGUGGCUGAAGACGAUAUACUCUGGUUUGAAAAAACACUUCGACGUUUAACAGAAGAAGAAUUAGGACCAACAUUAGGUGCCUAUAUGCAACAAACUAAAUAUUUUGUCGAUUUUCUCAGAGAUGCUCCUGAACCAACAGGUGAAGAAGCAGAAGAUGCUGAUUUAGAGGCACCAAAGAUUUAUGAACCAAUACCUUCAUUUGAAGCUCUUGAAGAACGUUUAAAAAUGUAUUUAGCACAAUAUAAUGAAAGUAUUCGUGGUUCAGGAAUGGAUUUAGUCUUUUUUAAAGAUGCAAUGGCACAUUUAGUUAAAAUUUCUCGUAUAAUUCGAACACCACGUGGUAAUGCAUUAUUAGUUGGUGUUGGUGGUAGUGGUAAACAAUCAUUAACAAAAUUAGCAUCCUUUAUUGCUGGUUAUAAAACAUUUCAAAUAACAUUAACACGUGCAUAUAAUACAAAUAAUUUAUUAGAAGAUUUAAAAACACUUUAUCGUAUUGCUGGAAAAGAAGGAAAAGGCAUAACAUUUAUAUUUUCUGAUCAAGAUAUUAAAGAUGAAUCAUUUCUUGAAUAUAUUAAUAAUGUACUUUCAUCAGGAGUGGUUCCAGGAAUGUUUCCUAGAGAUGAAAUGGAUGAAAUAUGUCAAGAAUUAGUACCUAUUAUGAAAAAACAAUAUCCAAGACGACCACCAACAAAUGAAAAUUUAUAUGAUUAUUUUCUAUCUCGUGUUCGACAAAAUUUACAUGUUGUUUUAUGUUUUUCACCAGUUGGUGAAAAAUUUCGUAAACGAGGUCUACAAUUUCCUGGUCUUGUUGCAAAUUGUACAAUUGAUUGGUUUCUUCGUUGGCCACGUGAUGCACUUGUUGCUGUUGCUGAUCAUUUUCUUUCAUCAUUUAAUAUUGUUUGUACGGAUGCAAUUAAAAAAGAACUUGUUCAAUGUAUGGGUUCUGUACAUGAUGGUGUAGCUGAAUAUUGUUUACAAUAUUUUCAAAAAUAUCGUCGAUCAACACAUGUUACACCGAAAUCAUAUCUUUCAUUUAUAAAUGGUUAUAAAGAAAUUUAUUCACAAAAAUUAAAUGAAAUUGAAUCUAUGGCUAAACGGAUGAAUGAUGGUCUUACACGUUUAGUUGAAGCUGAAAAAGCUGUAAUAGUUAUGAAAGAAGAAUUAACAAUUAAAGAAAAAGAAUUAGAUAUAGCUAAUAAAAAAGCUGAUGAAGUUUUAAAAGAAGUUGCAGUUAAAAAAGGUGCAGCUGAAGUUGUUAAACAACAAGUACAAAAAGUUAAAGAUACAGCACAAACAUUAGUCGAUGAAAUUAAUCGUGAUAAAAUCCAAGCUAAUGCUGAACUUGAAAAUGCUAAACCAGCAUUACUUGCCGCUGAAGAAGCUUUAUUAACAAUAACACCUGCUGAUAUUUCUGUUGUACGUAAACUUGGUCGUCCACCACGUCUUAUUCGUCAAAUUAUGGAUUGUGUUUUAAUACUUUUUGGACGUCCAUUAAGAAAUCCAUUAAAAAUCGAUCCUGAAUUACAAGGACCUGAACCAAGUUGGGAAAGUUCAUUAAAACUUAUGUCCGAUACAGGUUUUCUUCAAAAUCUUCAAGCAUUUCCACGUGAUCGUAUUAAUGAUGAACAAAUUGAAUUACUUCAAACAUAUUUUCGUGUACCUGAUUAUACAUUUGAAGGUGCUAAAGUAGCUGCUGGUGCUAUAGCUGGUUUAUUAACAUGGACACGUGCUAUGGCUGAUUUUUUUCAUGUUAAUAAACGUGUUUUACCAUUAAAAGGAAAUUUAGCUAUGCAAGAAGCUCGUUUAAUUAAAGCUAAUGAACAAUUACAAACAGCACAAGGAGAACUGGAUCGCCGUGAAGCUGAAGUAGCUGCAGCACAAGCUGAAUAUGAUGCUGCUAUGGCAACAAAACAACGUUUACAAGAUGAUCUUGAUCGAACAUUAAAACGAAUGACUGCAGCUAGAGAAUUAAUAUCUGGUUUAGCUGAUGAACAAGAACGAUGGACUGAACAAAGUAAACAAUUUAAAGCUCAAAUUGGACGACUGGUUGGUGAUGUACUUCUUUGUACUGGUUUUCUAUCAUAUCAAGGUCCAUUUAAUCAAGAUUUUCGUUUAUUAUUAGCAAAAGAUUGGCAAAAAUUAUUAACCGAACGAAAUAUUCCAUUUACACGAGGAUUAAAUGUAACGGAAUAUUUAACGGAUGUAACAAUAGUUGGUGAAUGGAGAUUACAAGGUUUACCAAAUGAUGAAUUAUCAAUACAAAAUGCUAUUAUUGUAACACGUGCUAAACGUUACCCAUUAUUAAUUGAUCCACAAGGACAAGGAAAAACUUGGAUUAAAAAUAAAGAAGCAUCAACUGAUUUACAAUCAACAAAUCUUUUAUCAAAACAUUUUCGACAACAUUUAGAAGAUGCAUUAUCACUUGGUCGGCCAUUAUUAAUUGAAGAUGUAGCUGAAGAACUUGAUCCAGCAUUAGAUAAUGUUUUAGAAAAAAAUUUUAUUCGUUCUGGUACAACACUUAAAGUUAAAGUUGGUGAUAAAGAAAUUGAUAUAUUAAAAGGUUUUAAUUUAUAUAUAACAACAAAAUUAGCUAAUCCAGCAUUUACACCAGAAAUAUCAGCUAAAACAUCUGUUAUUGAUUUUACUGUUACAAUGAAAGGUUUAGAAGAUCAAUUAUUAGGUUUAACUAUAUUAAAAGAAAAAGCUGAAUUAGAAAAUGAACGUGUUAAAAUGUUAGAAGAUAUACAAGCUAAUAAUAAACGUAUGAAAGAACUUGAAGAUAAUUUAUUAUUUAGAUUAAGUAAUUCAAAAGGUUCAUUAGUUGAUGAUGAUGAUCUAAUUCGAACAUUAAAAACAACAAAAAUAACAUCAACUGAUGUUAAACAAAAACUUCAAAUAGCAACUGAAACUAGUCAAAAAAUAAAUAUUGCUCGUGAAGAAUAUCGUCCAGUUGCAACACGUGGUUCAAUUAUUUAUUUUCUUAUUGUUGAAAUGUCACUUGUUAAUGUUAUGUAUCAAACAUCAUUAAAACAAUUUUUACAAUUAUUUGAUCAAGCACUUGAACGUUCACCACGAUCACCAGUUACAUCAAAACGUAUUACAAAUAUAAUGGAAUAUUUAACAUAUGAAAUGUAUAAAUAUGCUGUUCGUGGUUAUUAUGAAGAACAUAAAUUUAUGUUUACACUUUUAUUAGCAUUAAAAAUUGAUUUACAAUCAAGUCGACUUAAAUUUGAUGAAUUUCAAACAUUAAUUAAAGGUGGUGCAUCAAUUGACGCAAGCACAGCACCACCAAAACCACCCUAUAAAUGGUUACAAAAUGAAAUUUGGCUGAAUCUUGUUGAAUUAUCUAAACUUUAUCAAUUCGGUGAUAUUCUCAAUUCUCUUAAUCGUGCUGGUACAGCAUGGGAUACAUGGUUUAAGAAAGAUGAACCUGAACGUGCUGAAUUACCCGAUGGUUGGGAACCACAAUUAGAUAAAUUUCGUCGUCUUCUUCUAAUUCGUUCUUUAACACCUGCACGUUUUGUUAAAUCUGCUCUUGAUUAUAUAAAUGAUUCAUUAGGACCAAGAUAUGGUGAAGGUGUUGUAUUGGAUAUGGAAAAAAUGUGGGAUGAAUCUGAUAAAUGUUCACCAAUGAUAUGUUUUCUAUCUAUGGGUUCAGAUCCAACUGUACAAAUCGAAACAUUAGCAAAAAAGAAAUCAAUUGAUUGUAGUGCUAUAUCAAUGGGACAAGGGCAAGAAGUUCAUGCACGACGUUUAUUAGCACAAGCUUAUGCAAAUGGUACAUGGGUAUUAUUACAAAAUUGUCAUUUAUCAUUAGAUUUUUGUGAAGAAUUUUUAUUACAACUGACAGAAAAUACAGAUCGUAUUCAUCCAGAUUUUCGUCUUUGGAUAACAACUGAACCUCAUCUAAAAUUUCCUAUUGGUCUAUUACAAAUUUCAAUUAAAUAUACAGCUGAACCACCACAAGGUGUUAAAGCUGGUUUAAAACGUACAUUUGCUGGUUUAACACAAGAACAACAAUUAGAAUCAAAUACACAUGAAAAAUGGCGUCCAUUAUUAUAUGCUGUUGCAUUUUUACAUACAAUUGUACAAGAACGAAGAAAAUUUGGUCCACUUGGAUGGAAUAUACCAUAUGAAUUUAAUCAAUCAGAUUUUAAUGCAACUGUUCAAUUUAUUCAAAAUUAUCUUGAUGAUAUGGAUGCAGCUAAACAAAUGCAAUGGAAAACUAUUCAUUACAUGAUUUCAGAAGUACAAUAUGGAGGUCGUGUAACAGAUGAUUUUGAUAAACGUCUUUUAAAAACAUAUGUUAAAUGUUGGUUUCGUGAUGAAAUGUUUGAUCCUAAUUUUCAAUUUGAAGAAAAAACUUAUCGUAUACCAAAAAUGACACGUAUUGAAGAUGUUUUCGAUUAUAUUGAAACAAUACCAAAUUAUGAUAGUGGAAAAGUAUUUGGAUUAAGUCCAUUAGCUAAUGAUAGAUAUCAAGAAGAUACAACUAAAAAAGUUCUUGAUACUAUAUUAAGUAUUCAACCAAAAGAAGCUCGUGGUGGUGCAGGUGAAACACGUGAAGCUGUUAUAUAUCGUUUAGCUACUGAAACAUUAGAAAAAUUACCACCAGAUUAUAUUGCACAUGAAGUUAAAGAACGUCUUUCAAAACUUGAACCAAUGAAUAUAUUUCUUCGACAAGAAAUCGAUCGUUUUCAACGUGUACUUAAUGCUGUACGACGUACAUUAAUUGAUUUAAAAUUAGCUAUUGAUGGUACAAUUGUUAUGAAUGAAGAAUUACGUGAUGCAUUAGAUCGAAUGUAUGAUGGUAAAAUUCCAAAUAUUUGGUUAAAAUUAUCAUGGGAAUCAUCAACAUUAGGUGCUUGGUUUACAGAUUUAUAUGCACGAAAUGAACAAUAUCGUUCUUGGUUAAAACUUGAUAAAGAUACAAGACCAAUUGCUUUUUGGAUGACAGGAUUUUUUAAUCCACAAGGAUUUUUAACAGCUAUGCGACAAGAAGUAACAAGAGCUAAUCCAGGUUGGUCAUUAGAUAAUGUUGUUUUAACAAAUAAAGUUACACGAAUGGAUCGUGAAGCAUUAAAAGAAGCACCACGUGAAGGUCUUUAUAUAUAUGGUUUAUAUAUUGAAGGAGCUAAAAUAAAAAAUGGUGUUUUGGAUGAAUUAAAAGCAAAUGAAAAAGUUUUAACACAUCCAAUGCCUGUUAUACAUGUAUCAGCUGAAGCUGAUUUUGGUACAACUGCACCAGCAGUAAAACAAGAUCGUCGUCCAGUUUAUUAUGCACCUGUUUAUAAAAAACCACGUCGUACAGAUAGAAAUUAUGUGUGUACACUUAAAUUAGAAUGUCCACCAGGUGAUAAAGCUGGACCUGAUGUAUGGACAUUAAGAGGUGUUGCACUUCUUUGUGAUACGAAAUAA